AUGGUCCAAACUUCAUCAUCGUGCUUAAAUGAAUGUCUAUCGAAUCCCCUAUGUUAUUCAUACACAAGUCCAACUGAUUUACCAACACAAUGCACCUUAUAUUCAAAGCCGAUCAAUAUAACUAGUGAAUUAUACAAUCGUACCGCAUUCGAAUUUGGAACACAAAUAUGCUGUAAUGAUAUUAGAAACUAUGGAGUUAUCAUGUCACCGUGUCUCCCAUGUUCCACUUGUACAAAACUCAUGCAAUGUAAUCAAACAUAUUAUGUAGUGAAGCCAGGAUUACCGAACAAUCAAUUCCUCAGUACCUAUUUGCUCAGGCAAGUCAAUGCUACAAUAAAUUGUGCUAGCGAAUGUGAACUCAAUCCCUACUGCCUGUCGUUUUCAUAUAUUGUUGAUCGUCCAAGAUGGUGCUCACUAUUUAGUGGUGUCAUGAAUACAACUGUAAUACACAAUGAUACGAUGGAACAAAUGACUGGUGGGAAAGUAUGUUGUGGUAAGUGA